GAUAGGAAAACGAUGAAAAUGAGCGGCUAGAGUUCUCAUUAUGUGUUAGAAUCGCAUUAUGCCUUAUAGUUGAUAGAGUAUUGUAUUCCGCUUUUAACUAGUUGCCUCGAUGCCCCCUUUCUGAGAAGCAGUGAAGAGGCUUUGAUCUCGUUGCCAUGGCAGCUGUCAGAAGCGCAGCGCAAACCGCAGCCUGCAUGGCGCGAGACAUGUCCAACUCUAGUUAGAAAUGCUUAACUAAUGAAUUCUAAUCAAGACUUACUGCUUGGAUGCCUUACUUCGCUUCGUUUAACCAUUUCAGUUUCGAAAGCGGCGGCUUGCAACUAUGCGUUCCCUCUGAUAUUCAAAUACAGCACUUUUUAAACUAGCGCGUGGAAUCAUAAGGAUGUCGCAGAGUUCAUAUGGGCAAAUGUGGGAUGCUGCUCAGGGAGCUUUGGAGGACCUUUUGGAGGAUGAAUAUCCCACAAUGCAGCUCCGUCCUCAAAAGGACCGUCUUCAGGUCUUUCAGACGCUGGCAACUUUAUACCUGCGCUACCUAAAGAUAUUCCGUGCCUUGGAGGAGGUUUAUGAUCAGAUUGUUCACCCCCAAAAGAGGCGUGUUGUGCACCAGGUUCUUGAGGGGGUGAUGGGACGACUUGUAGAGCUGAAGAAUGAGAUGGUGGAGCUGGAGUACUCAGAGUUUCACUACUUUGAUGACAUAUUGCAGGAUUUCAAAAUGACACCUGAAGAUCUUGAGGUGCCUAUUCCACGCUAUUUUGUGAGGGAGAAGAUGAGGGCACUAAAAGAGAGAGAAAAAAUGUUGGCCCAUAUUUUGGCUAAAGGAGGACGUCAGGAACAUAAAACUCAGGUGCCAGUUCAGUCCAUGUCUGUGGAGCGAGCUGUGUGGCUGCUGCAGGUCAGUGAGCGAGCUCGGCAGGGAAGACUGAGAGCUCACUUCAUGAAGACAAUUCGGCAGGAGGAACAAAGAAGACUUCAGGGUAACUCUAGCAUGCUGGACCCUAACCAGGCAGCCACCUGCAUUCAGAAGGUUUGGCGGGGGUAUCGAGACAGGAGGAGGGUCAACAAAGAGUGUCUAGAGGAGAUGAUAUUUUUAGGAAUGAUACCAGCCCAGCAAAUGACACCCAGCCCUGCCCAACUGCAUGCCCAGCAGGUGGAAAGCAGGAGGCAUUGUGUGCAGGAGGAGCACGAGGCUGAGUACCAGAGGGCACUGGUCAACAUCAAAGAGUCGGUGCGGUCUGUCGAUGGGACAGAUAUUAAAGAGAGCCUGCAAGAACAAAUACGCCAGUGGUUUCUUGAGUGUCGAGAUGCCACAGGGAAGUUCCCUGACUUCCCAAGUCCUGAGGAUGGAGGAUCUGCAUCUAUAUUUGCUCAGAAGACACCAGAACAGGUUGCUGCUGAAUUCGCUGCUAAAGAAGAAGAGAGGGAGAAGAAGAAAAAGUCGAAAGGAGAGAAAGACAAAAAAGGGAAUGACCGCAAAGAGAAGAAGAAAGAGAAGAAAGGGAAGAUGAAAGGAAAAAAGGGGAAAGGAGAUACAGAGGAAGAAGAGAAGGGAUGGAAGAUGACUCCCAGUAACUUCCUUCCUACAGUAGUCGAGGGAGCCAAAAUGUACAAAGAAGUUUGGCAUUACCGAAAUGAAAAACAGAACUUCCUUCAGUGUUUUGAUGGUCAGCUGGUGCGUGAGGAGAAGAGAUUGGAAGUUGAAGAGGAGCUCAGAGUUCAGGUGGAUGAACUGAUGAGGCAGGAACUGAAAAACCUUAAGCUGGUGGUGGACAGAGACAAGGGAAAGAAAAAGAAAAAAGUCAAGAAAAGUGGUAAAAAGAAAAAAAAGAAGGGGCGGAAGACUGGAAAGAAGAAGAAGAAGAAAGAGAAGGAUCUCACAGCUGACAGGACCAUAGAAUCUCUGUAUGAGGAGCUUGUAAUGGAAGGCUUCAUAAUCAGGCCAAAGAACAUCAAGUUGUCAGAUUACAUUGGUGAGUAUAGUUACCUGGGCACAACAUUGCGGCAAGCAGAUAUUGAGCCCAUGCCAUCUCUCUCUGAUGUCAGACAGCUCAUCGCACUGUAUGGCGUCCUGCCUCUGGGCUCUCAGUGUGUCCAUGAAAGAGGGCCCCUGAUCCGGGCUCUGCUGCUUACGGGGCCGGCAGGUGUUGGGAAGAAGAUGUUGGUCCAUGCCCUGUGCACCGAGACUGGGGCGAACCUAUUUGACCUCUCUCCUGCAACACUAGCUGGCAAAUAUCCAGGCAAAAGCGGACUGCAAUACCUCCUGCACGUGGUCUUCAAGGUGGCUCGGCAGCUGCAGCCCUCAAUCAUUUGGAUUGGCGAUGCUGAGAAAACAUUCUACAAGAAAGUUCCAAAGUUGGAGAAAGAGAUGGAACCCAAAAGACUAAAGAAAAACCUGCCAAAGGUCCUGAAAUCUAUUAAACCGGAGGACCGUGUAUUAGUGGUGGGGACGACUCGUAGACCUUUUGAUGCAGACAUAAAACCUUUCUGUAAAGUUUACAAGAAGAUCAUUUUGAUCCCUAGACCAGAUUAUGCUUCAAGAUUUAUUCUGUGGAAGGAGCUGCUCCAAGCAGGUGGUGCUCAGCUGGGCCCUAAGCUGGAUCUGAGCUCUCUAGCUAAAGUAACAGAUGGUUACACUCAGGGUCACAUCCUUCAGGCGAUCCAAACUGUCCUGAACUCUCACCGCCUCAACCAGCAGACCAAGAGACCCCUCACUGCGGUGGAGUUCAUCCCCCCUCUUGCGAGACAAGAUCCUGUCUACAAAGAAGAGGAGGAAGCCUUUAAGGCAUGGUACAGCCGGACACCUCUGGGCAAAAAACGGGCACGAGCAGCCAAGGCCAGUGAGGAGGAGGAUCACAAGAAAGGGAAAACUAAAGGAGGAAAAUCACAAAAGAAAGAAAAGAAGGGAAAGACUAAAAAGAGAAAGAAAAAGAAGUGAAAAUGGACACUCUUUUAAACUAACAAAACAGGUGACACAGUUUGUGGUCAUCCAAUCAGAGCUUAAUUUCAAAUACAGCCACAGUUUCUCUUCUGGCCAGCAGAGGGCAUGAGUACAUCUCCCCAAAAAAGAGUCUACUUAUCUCUACCAGCACUGUGUGUUUAAUCCUUUCCUUUUUUGCUCAACAAGUACAUUUUGUGGGGUGUUUUUUGUUUGAUUUUGGUUCUCAUCUGUGUGUUUUGUUAGCAUCAUGUGUCUUCUCUACAGUUAUAUUGUUGGCUAAUUAUGACAUUUCAUACUUGAAUUAAGGACUUUGCAUUAGUACUGCUGUACCACUGUAGUUUUCUGCUGCAAAUUUGGCUUUUUUUUUUUUUUAAAUUAAAUCGUUUUUUAGGGGGAAAAAAAGUUUGGUUAUAUAUUUUUGCGUUAAAAUUAUCAUGAUAUAAAGUACAAAGCUGGGUGUAUUGUUUAAUAUUUAUUUUGUUGUACUUUUUUUUUAAUAAUGUGAUUUAUUAAAACCUGACCUGAAGCC